AUGUUCUGGAGCAGGCUUGUAAGUUUCCAGUUUUAUGCAAGAAAUUCUUCCCAGACCAGCAUUAUGUGGUAUUCUGUGCGAACGGUUUAUAAAAUGGCGGUCGGCUGUCUGAAAAACGAACAUGAAGAGUUACAUUUGGACUGGUUUCCAGACGUUCCAGAAAUAAUUGCCACGUAUAUUUCUUACCAGAGGAGGAUCCGUCAGGUGUGUAUAUUUUCUUCUUCAAAUGGUAUUUUAAGCGCCAAUUUAUCACAAGAAAACCUGGAUGAUAAUCUGAGUAAUGUACCCGUAACAGCAACCCUUUAUUUCCCCAAGAAUUCAUUGAUUACAAACGUAUUCUUCAUCUGUAAGCAGGGAGAAGUGCGAAAUGGAACAUGUCGCAGUCAGAUGAGCAAUGGUACAUUUUAUAAUGGUGAAAAAAGUAUUUACACAAAUGAUGAGUUUUAUAAAAUAACUUACGAAGUUGUUCCUACACAUAUGGGGAAACAUGAGUGUUUUGCAAGAAUCAAUGGGACUUACUACGUGGUGUCUGUGAUAUUUUUGAGCCAAAGUUAUCAGUUUUCUCAAGAUUCGAGUUCAUAUCGCUUUAUGAAAGACAAAAUGUGUGGAUCAGAUAUGUGCAUCCAGGCGGCUAAUCAAGGUCAUUUGCUUUGUGAUGCCGGUAUUGAUGAUUGUUAUAAAAUGGAUAAUACUUAUGGAUGUGAUAGUGGAGUUCCGCUAAUAGAUUCUUGUGAAGUUUUGGCAGAGGACUCCAAUUGGACUUGCCCACAAAUAUCUGGAAAUUAUUCUAAAAUUCUUGACUAUGGGAGGAGUGUUCGGAGUAUCGCCUACAAUGCCAAAACAUUGUAUCGUUUGAAUCCAGAUUAUAUUCUGAACUUCACCUCUAAACUCACGGAUAGUGAAAUACGGCAACAGCUUACUGGUAGCAGUAGCUCAGAACGUCAUUCACUUGCGCUCCACUUACUUCACAGUAUGAGAUUCGCCUUGAAUGAAAGUCCUUCUGUUUUUGAAUCUAGUAUUAACUGGUCUAGGAGUUCUUCUGAUUUUCCAUCUACAUCGCUCACUAAAAAGUUACAAGCAGCGGGGGUCUUUCUGCAUUUAAUCGCUGAAAUUGCACGACAAACUCCUACUCUUAUCAAUACGCUGGCAUCUGGGGAAGAAAAUCAGAAUAAUUUGCGGUUACUGCACUUGCGAUCGGAGGACACCAGGGUUUCGAUGAAUAAUUCUUAUGGAAAUGUUCUCGAACUGUUUGCGAAACCUAAGGGUUCAGAGGCGCGAGAUGCUGUCGUCGCUGUUAUUCCGACUGCCAAAAUUCCUGGGAUCAUUCUGACUAAAGUGGACAGUGCUGAACGAAAAAUUGAUAGAAGUCAAUUAAUAGGUUCAGAUAUUGUUUUGGUCGACACAAGUAGCGGUGUAUCGUUCACUGUAUCUGUGGAUUUAUCUCAGAAACCAAAUGUUUCGGUAUCAUGCGAACAACUCCAACGAAGUGCUGGUUUUACAGAAAUGUGGAAUGAAGGGAAUUGCAAAACUGUUGUCGUUGGUCUAUAUUUUGAAUGCCAGUGUCUUCCAUCUCAAGACGGAACAUUUGCUGUUGCUUUGGUUUACUGGUUAGGUGUGUCACAUAUUCCGUUUACACAUGUAUAUUCCAUAAGCAUUGUGAAUUAUAUAUUUACCUUGAUCACCAUUGUCGCUUUAUUCCUGUUCCUUAUAUUUACUCGCUUCAUUGGGAUUUUCCGACUAGAUCAGUUCAACAUUGCCUUCUGUUUAAUGAUAAGUUCAGUCGUUUCUUUGACGAUUCCACAUACGACAGAUAAGCAGCCUAUUUUGUGCACAAUGAUCGCCGUUGCUGUCUGUUAUUUCCCACUGGCUGCUUUUUCCUGGAAGUUUAUCUUUGGUUUGAACACAUUAGUGUUGAUCGUUGCACCACACUCUCGUUUCCAUGAUCUUGUCUCUAAACCGAAAAACUGCAUUUCUUUGGUUUGGAUUGGCUAUUUGACUCCUGCUGUUAUCAUCGGAAUAUGGUUUGGGUACACAGGUGAAAUUAGUAACGGUGGUUUAUGUAUUGGUCCUAAAACACUUCGCUGGUCUUUCAUCGGUCCUAUCACAGCAGUUGUUACUUUUAAUUUUGUGAUUCUGCUUGUGGUUGGUUUCGUACUUCUCAGAAACUACUUCCUAACUCGUAAGAGUAAACUAAAUAAAACCACGCAUUUAUUAGUAUUAACACAACUGAUGCUGACGCUAGGGAUCCCUUAUAUUGCAAUUUAUAUUCAGCUUUUGGAUGCUUUCAGUAUGCUAAUUGUUGUUCCAGUCGCCAUGGCCCUAACAGCUGUCCUUAUGUUUAUUUUAGUGGCUAUCGUUGAUGAGGAGAAUCGCCUUUUACUUCGAUCGUUCAUCUAUACUCAUAUAACACGUCCAAAUGAACAUAGUGGCAUUACUACGUGCAAAAGUAAAUGCGAAAUCGUAUCGAACAGUAAAAAACCUAUUGAUAACUCGGAGAUAACUUUUGAUCUUUCAAAUUAUCUAGCUAACACACAACCAACUAAUCGGUGCGAUUUGAAUGUAGCUUAG